CUUCUCUUGACCAGACCUUACCAACACCUUACACUUGUCCUUGUUUUCUUCUCCACCCCGUUACACCCUACUGCUGACUUUCAUUACACAUUCCUAUCCUCCUUCCCAGUUACUACCAUCCACCAUGGGUACCACUCAUCGUUCCAUUGCCCACAGGAUGAUGACCUCUCUCCAGAUGCUCUUCAUGCUUACGCUACCCUUACUUGCUCUGGCACAGCAGCAAGGCCCUAACGGCAGCGGCGGUCAGUCGAUCGAGCUGACUUGGGAGCGUAUUGUCGCUGGAUUCGUCAUGAUUCUAGUUGGUAUCAUCUUGACAUUCCGCGGUUACCGCCACUACCACUUCACUAUGUUCCUCGCUGGAUUCAUUACCGGAGCCGCGAUUGUGUACUCGAUCUUCACGAACGUCGAACCUGACAGCGGCUGGAACCACCAACAGAUCAUCUACGUCUUUGGCUGCAUCGGCGGCGGUAUCGUCCUCGGUACGAUUUGCUGGCUCUUCCGCCGCUUCCUCGUCUGGAUCCUCAGCGGUCUGGCUGGUCUCAUCAUUGCCCUUUACGUCCUUGCCUGGAGGAGCGAAGGUCUGAUCCGCAGCAAAGGAGGCCGCAUCGGACUUCUGGUUGGAGCGCCCGCCCUCGGUAUACUUAUCGGCCUCUUCAUCGGCCGCCGAGUCGUCAUCCUGGCCUCUGCAAUUAUCGGUGCCUACAUCACCGUCAUCGGUAUCGAUCUCUUUGCCCGCACAGGAUUCGCGGAAUCGAUCAAGCGCUUCUUUACCACGAACCCCAAGGUCGAUUACAGUCUUACCACGAACAUCUACAUCAUGCUCGGUGUUGUCGGCGGCUUGAUUAUCCUCGGUCUCUUGUUCCAGACAUUGUCAUGGAAGCAUCGCCAACGUGCUCUUAUGGCCCAGGGCCGAUCUGUGCAUAAUUUCAAUGAUGACUGGACCCUGUUUGGCCACAAAGACCACGCCGUCCGUCCUGAUCCGACCUAUCCAGAUGGCAACUACGCCAACAACUAUAACACUGGCACGGGUUAUGGCAACACCUCGAACGCGAGGGGCGUCGACGACCACACCGCCUACAAUGAGAAGAGCACCUGGAACCCGUUCAAGAAGAACAAGAAGGGCGAUGCCACCCCCGCCACCCCCGCCACCCCCGCCACCACCACCACCGCGGCUCCAAAUGACUUUCACGACAAUCGAGUCAGCUACAGCAGCAACGCUGCCUUGACCCAGAAUCACUGAAAAAACCUCUGUACAGCCUGAUGUCGACCAUCUGGGACGAUGCAAUCGACGCAUGUAUAUGUAUAACUAUUCUCUUCCUCAGUACUGUCUUUUCUACAUCUCUUUUCAGUCAUACAUAAUGUCUCUUGUAAUCCCCAUGUGCUUAAUCCGCAUUAAAGCGCUUACGCUGCUACAAAAGCC